UUAGAUUGAGAUGACGUCACAGCAAGUAGCGUUUUGUGUGUCAAGUUUAAAUUUCUCCUCUGGCAACGAUUUAACUAAGUGAAUGCCUUUACAAUAUUGUGGUAAUCGAUAUACAUUCUGUAACGUAUGUAUUUCUCUCACAGUCAGAGGGUUUUGCUUCUCUGCCUCAUUUAUGAAUCUGUUUUUGUACAUAUCGUAUUUCCUUACUUGACUUCUUCGAUCCAAGCUGAUCCGAAACUUAAAAAGAAAUUUGGUCUUACCCGAAGGGCAUGUUCCGAAUCUUGUCGUUCGGAGUCAGAGUUUGAGUGUAAAUAUUAUAAAUACGUUGACAAUAAUGGCAUUUGUUUAAUAUCCGGUGAUGACAUGGAAGUGAUCAAGAAAUACACCAGCAAGUCUAUAGAAAGAGCAUUGUUUAAGGAAAUAUCGAACUUAAGGGAUUCGAUCGAUAAACUGUACGAAAAAUAUUCUUAUUUAGAUGAAAUAAGUGAUAGCAUUGCAGAGCUGAAAAUGAAAGCUAACAAAGAAUCGAAGUCUCUUAUGAUGACAGGGAAACAAUUUAAAGAAACAGUUAUGCGUCAAGAACUUACCGUCGCUGCUCUUGACCGUAAAGUGAAAGAAUUGGAAUUUAAAGAAAAUCAAGGAAAGGCGGACUUUGCUACGGUGAAGGCCCAAAUACACCAGUUUCUGAGGCAGCUGGCUGGCAUGAAGAACCUGUUUGACAUUAUCUCCCUGGAAGUAAAAGAUUCAUCAAGCGAACUAACAUCUUUGUCUGUUCAGGUGAAGAAUUUAAAGAAAUCCGCAGAGAAUUUAAGAACGUUGGUCCUUAAUAAAAAAGAAGCAUGCAAACAAUCUUGUAAAGGUGACGUACGCGAACAGGAACCAAAAGGUGAGGGGAAUACGGUAACCUCAUGGACGCCAACGGACAACAACCCAGAAAUGCAAGGCCUUGUUGUAACUGUGGAUGAACUGAAGGAAGAAAUGGAAGAAGUUAAAUCCGCGAUUACUGAAAUGAACAGCAAUUUCUCUGAUGUAAUGACACCAGGUAAGAACCAUUUCCGUCCACAAAAUGAAUCCCAUGUGUCUAACAUAGGUUUAAGAUUGAAAACCAUUGAGAACAGACUAAAUUAUUCCCGUCAGGGUCUUAGCGAGGUGAAGAACGGACAACGAGAGUUUGGAAAUAUUUUAACGCAACAAAGUUUAAAGUUCAAAACAUGUUCAGAUAAAAUGGUAUCACUGUCUGAAGCUUACAAAGAUUCCGUGAGAGAAAUUGGAGAUCUUCGAUCGACUCUUAAAUCUUUUAAGAAGGAACUCGAUGCAUUAAAGGACCUUAAUACUCAUUCCAAAGUGAAAAGCCUAGAAACAGAGCAAGAGAAAAUUAAAUUAAGACUCAAAAGUGUCGAAGAUAGUCGAAAUUCUCAUGAAAAUCAAAUUGCUCGACUUAAAGACAAAGUAACCGACUUAAAGGCAGUACGUAUAAAUUGUACCAGCUGCAGCGAGGAAGAAAGAUUUAAGUCGGAAAUUAAAAGAGCGCAGAACCUAUUUAGAAGUAAUAUACUACGUGGCAAGGGCAAUGUGCAUUCAAGUACAGCAAAACCUUCGAGCAGUUUUCACAUGAACAUGACCCAUUCUAGCCCCAAUUUUAUUGAAUUGCAAAGCAAAAGAAAAAACGGGAAGAUUCCUCACCCCAUCGCCCGAAUGGAUAUGGUUAAACCAUCACAAGUUACUUUUAACAUUGAAGGAGCCCAAAAGGAAGCGGACUCUUCCAGUAAUUAUCAUGCUUUCUUGAAACCUUCAUUUUCUGCUACUGCCAAACCAAAUGUCAAACCUGUGAAAUUUUGCCCAGAGAAUUGGUUUAAAUCUGUUCGUCGCUGUUUACAUUUCAUGCCGAGGCGUGUUUCUUGGAAAGGAGCGGUAUCGGAUUGUCAAAAUAUUGACUCACGAGUUGCUACCCUGUUUUCAUUAGAAGAGUGGACUGAUAUGAAAAUAUUUUUGGCAAUAUACUCUGAUCUCAAUAUCCCGCUCUGGCUGUCAAAAGACAGCAUUGCUUCGUUGAACCCGAAAGAAUUUAAAGCACAUAUGAUUAUGCCGUUCAAUUCAAAGGACUUGUCGCGAAAAUACGACGAAAAUUGUUUAGUUUUGGAUCCCAGCAAUAAUUUUAAAUUGUCACUAGUUUCCUGCGAUUCUGAUAAUCGUUAUGGGACCAUAUGUGAACUUCCAUUAUCCACACACGACAACAGAAAUCCAGUUAAUGUGACAAUACAAAUAAAGAUGGUCAACGAGAACCCUAGCAAUGCUAUGAGUGAAAAUACCCUGCCUUCACACUGGAAAAACGCUUCAGUACACAGCCAGUUGUGCCCCGCAUUUGCUAAAGAAAUUGGCGGUUAUUGUUUUAAAUACAUUCCUGUGAAACAGUCGAACAAAAGAGCCAUAGAGACCUGCAAGCGUCUUGGAGCUAAUUUAGUCACGGUUAAAGAUCUUCAAAAGGAACUCAUGUUGGAGAACUUUAUGGUUACUAUAGGGACCCCUAAUACUGUAUGGUUAUCACCGACCUUUCUGGAUAAUGAUGGCAAGUGGAAAUGGGCAAGUACAAACGAACCUGUUGUUUAUACCAAUUACUUCCCCGGCCGACCUGACACUCUCAGAAAAACACGAUGUAAUCAAAUUAAAAAAGCUUGGGGGUUUAAAUGGUUGGAUAAGUAUUGUUGGAAUUCGAAGAAAAGCGUGGAACAUUCGUUUAUUUGCGAAUUUAAAUCCUCCCAAAAUAACUAACAGCAUUUGAAAA